AUGACGAGCGCGUCGAUCGCGCAGGUGGCGAGCGCCACGGCGGCGCUGUGCGGCGCGGCGGGGGUGACGUAUUACGCCGUGAACGUCGCGAAAGUGUUCGGAGGCGAUCCGUUGCCGUCGACGAUGACGAAGGAGUGGGAAGACGCGACGAAGGCGCGCAUGAAGGCGUGGCCGCGAGAGGGGAGCGCGACGCCCGUCGUGCUGGAACCGAUGGAUAAGUGA